ACACACUCACACACACCACUUUCCAUAUAUAUAUAUAUACUCUAAAAACACUUCUGUUUCAUCAAAAGUUCAAAACCCAUAUUUUUUUAUGGCAAACUCUUCAACAACCAAAGCCAUGAAGGCAUCAAUAUCCAUAGCCGAUUCAGCAUCAUGGUAUUGUGCCAUAACCUUGUUAGGUUUGAUCUUGUUGGCCUCUAUAAGGGAGACUGUCACUGAUGAAAGUAGUACUGUGAGAGGGAACCAGUUCUUGAACAACCGGCCAUGUGAUGAAAUCUAUGUGGUGGGAGAGGGUGAGACCCUCCACACCAUCAGCGACAAGUGCGGCGAUCCGUUUAUCGUGGAGCGUAACCCGCAUAUCCAUGACCCGGAUGAUGUGUUCCCUGGACUGGUCAUCAAGAUCGUCACUCCCUCCCAGAUAGGCAGCUCAUGAUCGAUGUUGAAGUAGUUUUCAGGGAGAUAAGUCUUUGCAUUCUUUUUUCUUAUGACAAGAGAGAGAGAGAGAGAAAGGAGAUUUGAACCUACGUUCUCUUCUACAGAGGAAUUGAAGAUUAUCAUUGAGCUAUCAGACUUUUGGUAAAUAAGCCUUUCCAAUUCCAACAUGGAAUAUGUAGUAUAGAGAAUUAGACUCUCAAAAGAAGUGGAAAUUAUAGGGACCAUUUCUUUUCUUUCCAUCUUGUUUUUUGUGAACAUACCUUUUUUGUUUUUGUUUUUGUUUUAAUGUGUAUGUAAAUGGUGAUGAACAUGAUGGCCUUUUUAAUAAGUUCAUGGGCUAUUAGUAUUGAUUUUUGGUUAUAGAGAAGGCCUAAUUUUCCCAUACAAAGCUUGUAUCACUUAAAGAAUGAAUUAUCAAAGGAAUUAAAACUUUUGUA